AUGAGCCAUUCCGUUCCCGACCUUGACGCGAUCGGCAUCAAGGCUGAGCCCGAGCUCGCAGACUCGUUCCGUCGCGAAGUCGCCAACCUCCUCGGGCGCAACAAUCUCAAUUUCCCGGGAGCGCAACCGGUCAGCUUCUCAAGAAAACACCUGACAGAGCUCCAAAAAGAAGACUACUUCGUGUGUGAGAAGACAGAUGGCAUCCGUUGCUUGAUGUACUUUGCGCGCGGGGAUCCCGAGUCCGACUCGCCGGAGAUUCAUUAUCUGAUCGACCGCAAGAACGAUUACCGCUUCGUGCCUGGCCUGCACUUUCCACUAGCCAACGAUGACACGUAUCAGUCCUAUCAUGUCGAUACGCUGGUCGACGGCGAGCUGGUCAAUGACACCUACGAGGACGGCACCCAGCAGCUCAAGUAUCUAGUCUUUGACUGCCUGGUGCUAGACGGACAAAGCCUUAUGCACCGCACGCUCGACAAGCGGCUGGCAUACUUCAAGGAAAAAGUCCUCCGGCCAUAUAAUUCCAUGUAUCGCAAGUUCCCCGAGGAGAAAAAGCACCGCGCGUUCGCCGUCGAGGACAAAUCCACCCAGUUUAGCUACGGCAUCGAGAUGAUGUUCCGCGAAAUCAUCCCCAAAGUCAAGCGGAUUCACGGCAAUGACGGUCUCAUUUUCACCUGCCGCAGCACACCCUACCGGAUCGGCACAGACGAGCACAUCCUCAAAUGGAAGCCUCCAACCGAGAACACCAUCGACUUCCGGAUGCGCCUCGAGUUCCCGAUCCUGGAGCCCGACACCGACGACGAAGCCGAUGGCAUCACCGAGCCGUAUGCAGACUACGACGCCCUCCCGAUCUGCCACCUGUUCACGAUGCUGAACAGCAAUGAGUACCGCCACUUCGGCGAGAUGUACAUUACCCCGACCGAGUGGGACGACCUGAAGGCCAUGCGCGUCCCGCUCGACGACUCCAUCGUCGAAUGCUUCAAAGAUCCGCAAUCUCGCUGGCGCUUCCACCGUCUCCGCGACGACAAGGCGGACGCCAACCACAUUUCUACGGUGGAAAAGGUCCUCGAGAGUAUUGAGGACGGCGUCACAGAGGAUGAUCUCAUCCGCCUCGCGCCUGCUAUCAAGACGGCGUGGAAAAAGCGCCAGGCGAUGGCUAGUACCGAUGACGAGGAUCGCAAGCGAAAGGCGCGGGCUAUGCCGCCGGCUGCCAAUGGGAAUGGCGUUAAGCGGAAGUUUGAGGAAUGA